AUGAUCAUGCAACAACUUUGGCAAAUCAAGCUAGACUGGGACGAAUCGGUUCCAGAAGACAUAUAUACCACAUGGAAUAAUUUUUACCAGAAUAUCAAUGACAUCAAUAAAAUAAAAAUAUCAAGACAAGUUUCACAUCCGCAUUCUAAAAGCAUUCAACUACAUUGUUUUUCUGAUGCAUCUGAAAGGGCUUACGGAGGUGCCAUCUAUGUUAGAUCGAAAGACAUGGAAGGAAAUUAUUACACUCAAUUAUUAUGCGCAAAAUCCAGAGUGGCACCACUGAAACAAAUUACCAUACCUAAAUUGGAGCUUUCUGGCGCACUCCUGAUAAGUCAAUUGUCCGAUAAAAUCAAAAAAGUUUUAAAAUUACCCAUAGAUGAUAUAUUUUACUAUACAGAUUCUACAAUCGUAUUAGGCUGGAUUUCCAGUGAAGCCAGAGAAUGGAAACCAUUCAUUUCGAAUCGCAUUUCAGAAAUACAGACCUUAACGGAUAUUAAAAAAUGGAGACAUUGUAGUGGAAAUAUGAAUCCUGCAGAUAUUAUUAGCAGAGGUUCUAAUGCGAAUGAGUUAAAUCAAAAUUGUCUAUGGUGGUACGGACCAUCUUUUCUAAAGCAAAAUCAAUCAACCUGGUCUAAUCAUCAUUUUCCUCAGAACAUUAAAGAUCUACCAGAACGAAAGGUAAUCACUCAUACGUUUCAUGCAUUAUCUGACAAAACAGCGAACAAAGACAUUUUUAAAUUAUACUCAUCAUUUUUGAAAUUACAACGAGUAGUAGCUCAUAUUUUGCGUUUUAAGACUAAUUCACUAUCUAAAAUCAAUGGGACUGAGAGAGUUUUAGGAAACCUUAAUGUCGAUGAACUCGAAAAAUCACUUAACUUACUCAUUAGAAUAGCUCAAUCACAUGAAUUUAAGCAGGAAAUACAAUUAUUGAAGAAGGAACAUACGUUAAACAAAUCCAGUAAACUCAUUUCGCUAAACCCAUUCAUCGACAAAAAUGAUAUCAUCAGAGUUGGGGGUCGAUUAAAUAACGCAAAUAUUGCUGAUAACCAGAAACACCCAAUAAUACUUCCCAAAAAUCAUCCUUUAACUGAUCUUAUUAUUCGACAUGAGCAUUACAAACAUUUACAUGUAGGUCCGCAGGCCUUACUAGCUAUCUUACGAACUCGUUUCUGGCCAAUUUCCGGUAGAAAUUCAGUGAAAAAUAUAUUGAGAAAAUGUAUGACAUGCUUUCGAGUCAAACCAAAAACGUACCAACAAAUUAUGGGAGAUUUACCUGCAUCCCGCGUCACUCCUACUCGAGUUUUCAACAUAUGCGGUACUGACUUCGCCGGUCCAUUCGAAAUCAAAUCAGGUAAACUCAGAGGUUGCAAAAUAGUAAAGGCUUACAUGUGUGUCUUCAUAUGUUUUGUAACGCGAGCAGUACAUUUGGAAGUCGUAUCUGAUCUCACGACACAUUCUUUCAUGAAUUGUCUUAAAAGAUUUUUUGCUAGACGUGGUAGAUGCUCCGAUAUUUACAGCGAUAACGGAACUAAUUUUGUUGGAACCGCAAAUGAAAUACAAACAUUUACUGAAUUCAUCAAUAACGCUCAAAUGAAACAAAAUAUCACGAAUUACCUAGCACAAGAAGGUAUCAAUUGGCACUUUAUACCUGCAAGGUCUCCACAUUUUGGAGGUCUGUGGGAAUCAGCUGUGAAAUCAGCUAAAUUUCAUUUGAAAAGAGUCGUAGGAAAUCGCAUUCUGUCUUAUGAAGAAUUUGAAACAGUGGUUGUUCAAGUUGAAUGUUGUUUAAAUUCCCGUCCUAUAUCUCCUUUGUCAGACAAUUCUGAUGAUCUUCAUGCCUUAACACCUGGUCAUUUCCUUAUUGGUGAUUCAUUCGCAUCGUUACCGCAAGAAGAUAUGAGAAACAAAAAUUCAAGCAGAUUGAGCAGAUAUCAACUUCUUACUCAAAUUAUGCAGCAUUUUUGGACUCGUUGGUCCACAGAAUACCUCGCAAAUUUACAACAACGAAGCAAAUGGAAGACACAGGGACCUAGCACUAUCAAGGAAGGUGCUCUGGUACUAAUGCGGGACGAGAAUACUCCACCAUUAAAAUGGCAACUAGGCAGAAUAACCGAACUUUUUCCUGGCAAAGACCAAAUUGUGCGAGUAGUGAAUGUGAAAACAAGUAAAGGUGUAGUUAAACGUGCAGUCCAAAAACUAUGUCCUUUACCCAUGGAAGAUAAUUGA